CCCAAGAGAGCACAAGAUACCUUCAUCUGUUCCGAUAUGCCGAAUUCAAGCAGCUCCACAUCUUCCACAAAGAGCAUCCGGAGAGCUGCGUCUGAACUCGAGCGCUCCGAUUCCAUUACGGUUUACAUAAACUGCAUUGAAGUUCUUAUGCGAUUUUGGAGAUGUAAAUCACCUCCAUCAGAUGUCCAGAAGUCUCAGAAGUUUGUGGGAAGGCGGCAGAGUUUGAUCGAGGAUGCGCGGAAGGAGCGCGAAGCGGCGGCCGCGGCGGCGGACGCUGCGGGACUCAGCGAGCAGAUCGUGUUUGAGGAGAGCGAUGGAAAAGCCUUGCUCAGUCUCUUCUUUUCUCUGAGGAGUUCAAAGAGCCCAGCGUUGUCCCGUACUCUCAAGGUUUUUGAGACAUUUGAAGCUAAGAUCCACCAUCUUGAGACCAGACCGAGUCGAAAACCAAAGGACGGUCUGGAGGAUCUGGAGUAUUAUGUUCAGUGUGAGAUGCACCUGUCAGACGUCAGCACACUGGUCAGCUCUCUCAAGAGGAGCGCAGAGGAUGUCAAAACCACUAAAGAGGUCAAAUUUCAUUGGUUUCCAAGAAAAAUCACUGAACUGGAUAAAUGCCAUCAUCUCAUCACCAAAUUUGAUCCGGAUCUGGAUCAGGAUCAUCCAGGAUUCACUGACCCUGUUUACAGAAAACGACGGAAGAUGAUUGGAGACAUUGCCUUCAAAUACAAACAAGGAGAACAUAUUCCCAGAGUGGAGUAUACGGAAGAGGAGAUCGAAACAUGGCGUGAGGUCUACUCCACCCUCAGGGAUCUGUACAACACCCACGCCUGCAGUGAACAUCUAGAGGCUUUCCGCUUACUGGAGAAACACUGUGGCUACAGUCCUGAUAACAUCCCUCAGCUGGAGGAUGUGUCCCGCUUCUUAAAAGAGCGCACAGGGUUUCAGUUGCGUCCGGUGGCAGGUUUACUUUCUGCUCGGGAUUUUCUGGCCAGCUUGGCGUUCCGUGUGUUCCAGUGCACACAAUACAUACGACACGCUUCCUCCCCCAUGCACUCGCCUGAACCGGAUUGUGUCCAUGAACUUCUCGGACAUGUACCGAUAUUGGCUGACAGAACAUUUGCACAGUUUUCUCAGAGUAUUGGUCUGGCCUCUCUUGGAGCUUCUGAUGAAGAUAUCGAGAAACUGUCAACACUGUACUGGUUCACGGUGGAGUUUGGACUGUGUAAGCAGGCAGGCGCGGUCAAAGCAUAUGGAGCAGGACUGCUCUCGUCUUAUGGCGAACUGGUGCAUUCGCUCUCAGAUGAGCCAGAGCGACGGGAAUUUGACCCGGACAUUGUAGCUAUUCAGCCGUACCAGGAUCAGACUUACCAGCCCGUCUAUUUUGUGUCUGAAAGCUUUUCAGAUGCUACAGAGAAGCUGAGAACAUAUGUGACCCGCAUCAAGAGACCAUUUUCUGUGCGGUUUGACCCGUACACAGACAGCAUAGAAGUGCUGGACAACCCUCUGAAGAUCCAGCAGGGGCUGGAGACCAUUAAAGAUGAACUGAAGAUUCUCACGGAUGCUCUGAAUGUGUUGGCUUGAUUCUGCUGCGAGGAGCCAAUCAGCUGUCCCGUUCCUCUCUGCUUCAUAUGUGACGGUCUCAUCGUUAUGCUGUGCAUUUAUAUCUGCAUCUGCUGCUUUUAAAAUGCUGAGUGCCAACCUCAAAACCUCAAGUUGGUAGUUGAUUCCAGAAACCUUAAAGGGAAAGUUCACCCAAAAAUGAAAAUUCUGUCAUCAUUUAUUCGUGGAACAUGAAUGAAGAUAUUUUGAAGAAUGCUGGUAACUAAAGAGUCUUGAUUCCUGUUGACUUCCAUUGUAUUUUUUUGUCCAUAUAAUGGAAGUCAAUGAUAACCAAGACUGCUUGGUUACCAACAUUCUUCAGAAUAUGUUCUUUCAGGUUCCACAGAAGAAAGAAAGGCUUUAAAUAUAGCCAAAACUGUUUAGUUGCCAAAAUUCUUCAAAAUAUGUUCUUGGUAGAUAUUUUAAAAGUUGGUAACCAAACUAUUCUGGUUCACAUGCCUUAAAUUACAUUUUAUGGACAAAAAAUAUAAUGGAAGUCAAUGGAAACCAAACGGUUUAUUUACCAGUGUUCUUCAAAAUAUCUACCAAGAAAAUAUUUUAAAUGUUGGUAACCAAACAGUUUUUAUUCUCUUUGAUUUCCACCAAAUUUACAAAAUAAUAAAAAAAUUAAUAAAUGAAUAAUAAAAAAAAUUGAAGUCACCAGUUGAAGUCAAUAGGAACCAAAACUGUUGGUUGCCAACAUUCUCCAAAAUAUCUUCUUGGUAGAUAUUUUAAAUAUUGGUAACCAAAUGCCUUUGGCUCACAUUGACUUCCAUUAUAUGGACAAAAAAUAAUAAAUAAAAAUAGAAUUUAAUGGAGGUCAAUGGAAACUGAAGCUUUUUGGUUACCAACAUUCUUCAAAAUAUCUUCUUUCAUGUUCCACAUAAGAGAGAAAGUCAUACAGGUUUGGAAUGACAUGAGGAUGAAAAAAAUUAUGACAAACAUUUUAAUUUUAGAUGAACUAUCGCUUGGCUGGAUUAAUGGAUCACCCUGUGAAUAAACAGAAACUGUCAAUAUGACAUUAAUUUUUUUGAGGUAGAUCUUACCCAGUGUAAGUCAAGUUAUUAAAGCUAUUGAAGCCAAAAGUUAUUUAUGAAAUAUCACUAGAUGAAGUGCUACACUAAAAUAAAUUAAAAAUAUGUACAGUAUAUAAUCAAAUAUAUAUUAUCAAUACAAAUUCUGAAUGUAUUAGAAUUCCAAAUAUAUUCUUAAAAUAUUCCAUCAAUGCAUUAAGCUGAUGCAUUCUCUUACAGAUGGUAAAAAUAUUUUAUUAAUACUGAAUACAGCGAAUCAUUCAUGAAAUAGUACAGGCUUACCGACUGUUGUCUGUUCAUAUUUAUCUGUCUCCAGAAAAUGAAAUACGAAUAGUCUAUCUCUGCAAAAAAAUGGCAUAAAAAUAGAAAUGUCAUUUCUAUUAUUUAAGCGCAAAUAAAGUUACAAGAAAACUGUGUAAAGUGGCUAUGAUGUGCUAAUAUAAAGAAACAUGUUUGAAAAUAUCCCAAAUUAUACUUGUGGUUGACUUUCUGAUGUUAUGUUCAGUCGUCCCUUCCAUUAAUUCCUUUUACAGGAAAAACAAGUCUGAGAAUGUUGGUUUCAGAAAACUAGAUAGCUAUUCUGAAUGAACUCGUGUGAUUGAAACUACAAACGGUUUAUUUUAAAUAAAACAACCACCACCAGAUGGUAGUCUAAGCAUAUAUGUAGGUCAGGCAUUCAACGCGAGCACUUUUUGGGUGAGCGGGCAGGACAGCAUAAUGACUAGGGCUUUUGUAAGGGUCAUGUCAUGAGGUUAGGAAUGGGAUAAGGAUUCAGAUUUUGGAUCUAGUUAGCGGGAAAGAUCUGCCAUUCAAAUACGCAACCGACCACUAAAUACAUUUUACAAAGAUGGGAAGAAUCCCACAGUGGAAUACGUCAUGUAGUAAAUCAGUAGGUGUAUGAUAUUCCUCUAACUAAGACUGAGAUAUUCCUGAAGACUGUAGAUUACAUCAUUUUAACCAUUAAAUUGAGGUCACCGAGUUUAAAACAAAAUGCUAUUCAUGCUAAUUAUUUGAUAUUGCUGACUGUAGCCUUCAUAAAGUCUCCUGAGCUUUUUAUCGAUGGCCUGUAAUGAUUUGUGCUGGACUGGUUGGUCUUAUAUCACGGGCAGUUCUAUCCAUUAUUGUACAUGGCAAUGUGACUAAGAUGAAAAUGCUGCUUACUGAAUGGAGUGAAUGAUUUAUUGCAAGGCCCUACAGAUCUUUUGGGUUUCCUGCUUCCCUCAUCUGAUGGAUAAUAGGAGACAGAGGAAGAGAGGUUUAAUGUCUUUAUAAUGGUGCUUCCAGUAACAGAGUGCAUUGAUAA